AUGAAGGGUAUCGCUUUCAUCGCUGGCGUAUUGGCCACCUCGGCCUCUGCGCACAUGCAGAUGUCCAAGCCCUACCCCAUCCGCAGUCCGUUGAACAAGGAUUCCGACAGCCAAAAGGACUAUUCUUACACCAACCCUUUGCAGUCAUCCGGUAGCGACUACCCUUGCAAGGGCUAUGCCAAAGACAAGUUCGAAUCGCAGGCCACUUACGCCCAAGGCCAGGAGUACGAGAUGGAGCUUGAGGGCAGUGCGACUCAUGAUGGCGGCUCCUGCCAGAUCGCCCUUACAUAUGACCAGGGCAAGACCUUCAAAGUCAUCGAGUCUAUGCUAGGUAACUGCCCCAUCGACAAGAAAUACAAUUUCACCGUUCCCACCGAUGCCCCCAGCGGCGAGGCUCUGCUCGCCUGGACCUGGUUCAACAAGGUCGGCAACCGUGAGAUGUACAUGAAUUGCGCUUUCGUGACCAUCGGUGGUGACUCCAAGGGCAAGCAAGUGCCCGCUGUGGCCCCUGCUCAUUCCAAGGCAGAGGGCAAAAAGGUCCAUCACAUGCAACAAAUGGAGCACGCCCACGAGGCUCAUGUCAACCACCCUCCCAUGGAGCACGCAGCUCACCCCAAUGCCCAGCCCAAGGAGCAGCGUGAUGUGGCGUGGAUGGAGACACAGAGCAAGGUCGCCAGCUUCGACAGCCUUCCCGAUCUCUUCGUCGCCAACGUUGACCAGGAGGGCAAGUGCGUAACCAUUGAGGGUGAGGCUGUCAACUUCCCCAAGCCCGGUGACAACGUUGUUGGUGAGGCAUCCGGCAAGGGCUACAAGUGCUCUGGCAACGCUCCUUUCCUCGCUGCCAGCGACUCCAGCUCCAGCACCUCUGCCUCCAACUCCACUUCCUCCAAUUCCUCUGCCUCUGGUUCCUCUGACUCCAGCGCCAAGGGCACCAAGAACAGCACGGACAACAAGGACACCGAGGCUUCCAAGCAGACCAACAACGAGCACAAGAAGCCCAACACUACUCGCAGCGACAAGGACAGUCAAUCCAUGUCCAAGAUCGCGUCCGCCUUCGGUACCCCCUCCGCUGACCCCCGUGUCGCUUCUACCGAGGCCACCACUAACAACGCCUUCAACAACUACGUUGGCAGCUGGUCUUGCCACGACGGUGAGAUCAUGUGCUCCCCCGACGGCUUCUCCUGGGCCAUGUGCUCCAACGGCAAGCCUAUCUACAUGGGCUCCGUUGCGGCCGGCAUGUCAUGCCGUUUCGGCCAGAUGGUUCGCGCUGACCAGGCCUGGUAA